AUGAAUAUUUUAUUAUUCAUAUUUGAAAAAUGUGAAUACGUCCAUGCGUAGGUAAGUAUAAUUGUUUUUCAUUUCAAAAACAGAGUUAUAACAAGAUAAUACAAAACUAGUAGCUUCAUUUCGUUUAUUUUGAAAUAAGAUAUUUUAAAGUACUAUCUAUCUAUCUAUUUGGUAGGAAAGGAUAAGAAGAAGAUUUCAUUUCAUUUUAGUCAUAAAUAAAUUUGUGAAUAGUUAGUUUUUAACAGUAAAAAAAUGUUUAAAUUAUAUGAAGAUCUUAAUAGUGUUUAUUUUUUAAGUAAAGAUUUAUCUAGGCUUUUAAGUAUGUAUGUAUGA